GAAAAGAUUUUGAAGUGAAGAAAUACAUUGUAUAGAAAAAGAGUCUUAAGAUAGUUAUAAAAAUAAGUUAUAUUUAAUUAUUUAUUGAAACGUUCUUCUUAUUGUAAAGAAAAUUGAAGAGAUAAAUUUUCAAACUAAAUUUCUGCUAUGAACAAGAAAGAAAAAGCUGAAAUCAGUUCCCGCGAAAAAAAGGCUAAGCGCCUCAAAACUCAUCAUGCCAGACCCAAUAUCUUAUCCAUUUUACCGGUUAAUGUAGACUGUUUUCGCUUAGAAGAACAAGAACCAGCAGAUUAUUGUUAUGAAAAUUUUGUUGAAACUUGUCAAAAAAUGCGUGACUAUUUUCAUAAUAUAUGCAUUUCAAGAAGAGGGAAAGAAAAUGAAAGUGUGAUUUUGCAGUUAAGACCUUUUGUUUGUAUGCUAACAAUGCGCUUGAAGAAGUUGAAUCGUUUGGAUAAGCAUCAAUGGAAAAAGUCCAGAGAUGCUGUAAAUGAGCGAAAACAGAAGGUGGAUGCUUUGCACCUUCAUUACCAAAAUCUUCUUUACGAAGUCACCCAUCUGCAGAAAGAAGUAACUAAAUGUUUGGAAUUUAGAUCCUUGGAUGAAGAAAUUGAACUUGUUACUGUGGAAGAAUUUUACAGAGAUGCACCAGAUGCAAUUUCUAAGCCAGACAUUACCAUGCUUGAUCCACAUGAGCUUAGACUUGCAAGAUUAUUUUGGGAAUCUGAACAAAGGAAAAGAUUUGCUCAGAAACUCAAAGAGGCUGAAAUCACAAAGCAGCUUUACAUUGAAUCCCAAAAAAUUCUUCAAGAAAAUCUUGCCAGUAUUCUUCCCAUCUUGAGGUCCAUAAUUGAUGCUGCUGAACCAUUUGAGAGCAAGAUGGGUAUGCCACUUCAGGUAAUGCAUGUCACUCAUAAACUUGCAAGAUAUUUGCCAAAACCUCUAUAUGUAUUGUAUGUUCAAGCCAAUGCAUACAAGGAACAUUAUGAAGGGAAAAAAAUUGAAAUCGAUAUAGAAGGCAAUAUUGAUGACAUUAAGACUCUUCAACCCAAGCCAGAAGAAUUAUCUGAUGAGAGUGGUGAAUCCGACAGAGAAGAAAGCACUGAAGUGGAUGUACACAGACAUGCAGGAUCACACAAAAAAAGUGAAGUUAAGAAAGAUAUUUUAAUAAAACAUCCAAUGACAGUUGUUAUUACUAUUGAAAAAGAAUCUAAAAUUGUUUUAGAAUUUAAGUAUCUUAUUCAUCUUCACAUUGCAACUGUUGCUGUAAAGUCCCUUAACCCAGAGCCUAUGUCAUCUGAACUUAUUGGUGAUCUUUUAAGAGCUAGCACUUUCCUUAAUUGUCUAUUUUCUGGCGAUAGAGGACACGAAUCUCCAAAUCUUGCAAGCAUUUAUAUGCUGAAAACAAAAUUUGGUUAUGAUGAGAAUCCCUUUUCAAAUGAAACUACUGGAUGGCCAUAUAAUUGGGUUCAAACAAUAUGUGGCCUGGAAUUUCUUUCUCCAGAUCCGGAAAAUGUACUGGAUUCUAAAGAUUUUUAUCGAAAGAUCCCUCCCAGCAUGGAAAAAAUUAUCGAUACCAUAAUCUCACGACUUGUGUCUCGCAACCAACUGUAUCAUCAGAUUCUUUCACUGGAGCAAAGAAUUAAUGCUCCACCUAAGUUCGCUGCUCUUUAUCCUUCAAAUAUUUCACCUCAGAUUAAGAAAUGGUGUCCUGUAUCAUGGAAAGAAGUUUUAAAUUAUCCAAAAGCAGAGGAAUUACAAAAUCUUGGAAUUGUGAGUGAAGAUUCUCUUGUCUAUAAAGCUGAGCUACAACGUGGUUCAGCUUCCUUGUCUGUGUUGGUAACUAUAGCUCCUGAGUACCCCAUGAAAACACCUGUUUUCUUACUGAGCUUAAAUUGGAAGGGGUUCCAUACCACAACAACCAACUUUGCUCUGAGAGAGCUAGAAGAGGAAAUAAAUGUUCAUUUUAUUGAAAAUUUGCAAUCGGAAUUCAAGGAUAGUGUCCUUUUAUGCCAAAUGUAUCACCUGGCUGUGUGUUUUGAUGUAUUUCUGGAAACAGAAUUUUCUGGGGAUUCUUUUGAAGGACCUCAUGAGUUUCAACGAGAAAAGGUGGUUGUAAGAUACAACAGAGGUUCCAGUAGAAGUCGACCAUACAAAUGUGUAUCCAGUCAAGGCAUUUUUACAUACAGAUAAUUUAACUUAUUUAAAAGAAAUACUUUUUUAUUGAUUAUUUUUAUGAUUCAUUUGUCAUUUCAUUAAUUUUCAUCACAUUAAAAUGAAACAUGAGUAAGUGCUGGAAAUUUUGUCAUAUCUUUUGGAAGUCCAUAACAAAAGAAUU